UCAAGCUUGUGCGCUUGAUCCAGAGGCACUCCAGUCCGUCUUGUAAAGCAGAGGUUUGACUUCUGUCUGAGAGGGUUUGCAUCAGGUUCAGAAAGCUUAGUGGAUGACUUGUUGGUCUCUUAGGACUUUUUUUGUUUUUAAGUCAUUUUAAAUUUGACAUCUUAGGAGCUUGACAAGCUCCGUCGAAUCCGGGCGUGAUAGCCGUUGAUUUACUCAGGAAAGUUGCGCGCAUCGCUCCGUCUGUUGUUGUAUCUGUUGAAACAUCUUGAGAUGAAAGCCGUCAGAAUGGUCCCAUCCCUGCUCCUGGUGCCGCUGCUGCUGGUGCUGAUGCAGCCCGGUGCUCUGUGCGCGCGGAGGUUCCGGGGCGGCCGCAACCCGCAGCCUCGCCGCUCGCCGCCCCCUCCCACGCACCGGUCGGACAGGGGCGACACCACGGAGAGCUUCCCUCUGGACUUCACCGCAGUGGAGGAGAACAUGGAUAACUUCAUGACGCAGGUGAAGAACCUCGCGCAGUCCCUGUACCCGUGCUCGGCACAGAAGCUUGACCACGACAUGAAGCUGAACUUUCUGGUGAACACGUCAGUCACCUGCAACGACGGGAGUCCCGCCGGGUACUACCUGAAAGAGUCUCGGGGCAGCAGACGCUGGUUGAUAUUCCUUGAAGGCGGCUGGUACUGCUUUAACAAGGAGAACUGCGACAGCCGAUACGAGACCAUGAGGCGGUUUAUGAGCUCUUCCAAGUGGCCCCAAACUAAAAGAGGCACGGGGAUCCUGUCUCCACUGCCCGAGGAAAACCCUCACUGGUGGAACGCAAACAUGGUGUUCAUUCCCUACUGCUCCAGUGACGUGUGGAGUGGUGUUACGGCUAAGACAGAGCAGAAUGGAUAUGCUUUCAUGGGCUCCCUGAUUAUCCAGGAAGUUGUAAAAAAUCUUCUGGGCAAAGGUCUAGACAAUGCCAGGGUCCUUCUGUUAGCAGGAAGCAGUGCUGGCGGCACGGGGGUUCUGCUGAAUGUGGAUCGCGUAGCCGAGCUCCUGGAGGGGAUGGGCUACGCUGGGAUACAGGUGCGAGGCCUGUCCGACUCGGGCUGGUUCCUGGACAACAAGCAGUACCACUGCACGGAUUGUGUGGACACAAUCAGUUGCACGCCCACAGAGACUAUCAAGAGAGGAAUCAAGUACUGGGGAGGUGUGGUGCCUGAUAGGUGCAGGCAAAGCCAUGAAGGAGAGGAGUGGAAUUGUUUCUUUGGAUACAGAGUCUUCCCAUCAAUUAAAAGUCCCGUGUUUGUGGUCCAGUGGCUGUUUGAUGAGGCUCAGUUGACAGUGGACAACAUCCAGCUAACAGGUCAGCCUGUGCAGGAAGGCCAGUGGCGCUACAUCCAGAAUCUGGGCAUUGAGCUGAGGAACACACUCAAAGAUGUCCCGGCUAUGUUUGCUCCAGCAUGUUUAUCACAUGAAGUUAUCACCAGAAACUACUGGAUCGACGUGCAAGUCAAAGGGACCUCUCUGCCCCGAGCCCUUCACUGCUGGGACCGCAGCCUCCAUGACAGCAGAAACAACAAGCCACCGCCCAAAGCGUGUCCUGUGCAUCUGAUUGACAACUGCCCCUGGCCGCACUGCAACCCCACCUGCCCGACCAUCCGGGACCAAUUCACGGGGCAAGAGAUGAGCGUCGUGCAGUUUCUCAUGCACAUGGGGUUCGACGUGCAGAAGAUGGCCCAGCAGCAAGGCAUGGACCCGAGCAAACUACUGGGCAUGCUGAGCAGUGGCAGCUAAAAGGGACACACCGUCCAGUUUUAAGCUAGAACCAAGCAGGACUGGAUGAUCUUUCUGGCCUGUCUCCCAUAACUGAUACCUCUGCUCACCCUCCCCACUGCAGUUCCCCUUCUGUUGCUUCCAGACCUCCUUCCAUCCCAGGUGCUUCAGUUUGACCCUGAAGUCAUGUCUGACACACCAGGCUCCACCAUGACCAGGCACCACUUCUUGCUAUUAUAAAUGCUACAAAAAAUUAUAUUUUAUUUUUUAAAAACCAAAAAAAAAAUAAUAAUAAUAAAAUAAAAACAACAAUAUCAUGAAUGUAAUCCAGUUUUAAAGAUGCUAACUGACUUCAUGUCUUUAGUGCUGUCAUCCUUUUGUACUGAAUAGAUUUAGUGAAUGCAAUAAUGGUACAAAAAAAUGCUGUUUUAUAUUUUAGGUAGUCGAUAGUGUUGAUAACAGAAAAAAAAAUCCUAUUACCUCUUGUGUAUUAGAGAUGUAUUUCUAUAGUUUCUAAUAGAAAACACAUCGGGUCAUGUGUUUAGCAGAAACAGUGUAAAAACGAUACAGAAAAGCACAGUCAGUAAAGCUCUUAAAAGUAAAAAGUCGCCUUUAUUUUAGUGUUAAAGGUACCCAAAUGAAAAUAGGUUGUCAGAUAGCAUCUGCACUAAAUAUUGCGAUGAUUGUGAAAAUAAGCAGGCAAAGUUGGAAUUUCGCAGGAGCUUGUUUGAGACUUUCACAAGAUGAUCAGGUUUCAGCAAAAAGGUAUAUCGUGAUCAAAUCGAUUUCAAUUAAAACAGGAAGCAACAUUUAAUUCAAUUGCUGCUACAAUUAUCUAACAUAAUCAUUAUUAGAGUUUUGAUAGCUAUAUCUGUGAGAUUUGUUUAUAGAAGUUAUUUUGACUGAUACAUUGACCCAAGCAAAAACACAGAGUAACUCUAGAGAAAUGGAUUCCAAAGGAUUAAUGUCCUCUGCCGUUUCCCAUUGACAUAUAUUUUUUUAUAAACAAUAGAACACCACUGACACGGGAUAAGAGGUUUUUCAGUACGAUAACCUGGAAAAUAAAUGACUGGUUAAUCAGUUCAGGUAUCUGCUCAGGUGGCUAACUUGUAGUCAGCUGCCUUCAAUCAUGCUGCUCUUGAAUUGCCAACUAUAGUUUUAAAACAAUGUCACCUUAAACGAAAGUCUGUGACUUUUGCAAGCAGUCGGUUUUCUCCAAUCUCCAUACAGUCAGAGAAAUCUUCAACCACAUGCCACCGACACUGGCAUGUCAUUUAAAUGACCUUAAACUGUAGCAACCGUACAAUGAAAAAUGCUGGUGAUUUCGAAACAACAACUUUAUGAAAUAUUGAUAUACCUAUUUUAAAAGAAGCUGUUUUAUUAAAUGAGUGAGAUAGUGAGACUUUCACCAGAUAACAGCAAGUUGCUCUCUUUUAUUCUUUUAAUUACUUUAUUCGUUUCAUUCUUUUAAGCUUUCAACUUUUAAGCUUUCAACCUUGAUACCUGAAACUGGUCUACACCUAGUUGAAAUCGGACAUGCGAAUUUUUGCGGCUGAAGCUACAUCAAUAUAUAAUAGUUCUAAUCAUACUCUGAAAUGGUGUUAAGGUGGACCUGGAAACAAGUCACAAACAGCUAUACAUACACAUUAUAGUGCCAUUACAUCCAUACCUCUUUCUUACGGACUGUGUCAUCAUCACAGGACACACACUUAUGUCAGGUCAACUCCCUACAGCUCAACAGUCAUCAAACUCAAUGCACGAUGAACAUUUAAAGGGAGACAAAUGUUGUGUAUUGUAUAUUUUAUGAGUAUUUGUAUAGAUUAUUUGGAAGUGUUCACCAUUGUAACUCCAUUCUUUUAUUUCAUCAUAGAGAUCACGUUUUAAUAUAAUGACAUUGUUUGUAUGUAAUGAUGACUUUAUAAAAUAUGCUUGUAAAGGACCUCUAUUUUUCAUCACACCGGAAAAAAAAAGAAGUAUUACUAAUUGUAAUUUUAUUCUGUAACAUAUUUUUUAACAAAAAAAAAAAAAAAGUAACUCAAGCUACAUUGGUAACUUUUACAUAUUUAUUUUGUUAUGUAAAUCAUAUUUAUAAGUGCUAUUUUUUACAGAGAAGUGAUUCUUUGUAAAUUGUAAAUACAUUGCUGUUCUUUG